AUGUCCUUGCACUCUGACCUCGUCAUGCAGUUCCUCAAGGGAAAUCGCAAGUUGGUCCGGGCGGAACGGGAGCAGUGCGAACUGUGGUGUUCGCAGCUCUCCAACCACAGCCGACUGCCCAUGAUCGCAGUCCAUAGUUGCGAUCAUGCAGAGUUUGUGAUGCCGAAAGACUGGGUUUUUGCACCAGCGGACGAGGGUGAGUUUACGGAGGAGGAGGACCGGCUUGCCAUCAAGGACAUUGUGCGCAUCGCCCUUCAAGCACGGGUGGCAUUCCUUGAUAAGCAUCAAGAAGAGCCCGGAUUGUGCAGAUUUCUCAAAGCAAUAUGUGCGAAGAAUUUCGGACAAGCCAGUUCAUGGACUUUGGACUCUUUUCUGUCAUAUUUUGGCUUUCCAAGCUUGCCGACAGCAGUGAAGAUGAAAGACAUGGGCGCGUUACACUGCGCCGCUGUCCUGGAUGAACCUUCCCUCAUGCGCCCGCUUUUAGAAGCAAAAGCUUCCGUGGGCGCAAAGUGCAAGAGCAUACUCAGUAUGGACAUCUUGAGCUUUGUCCCUCUGAUUCUGGCAAUCCAGUUAAACAGGCUUGCAGCUGCCCAGACACUUGUCAUGCUUCGAGCUGAUCCGAAUUCCACCUGUCCCGAGGGUCUCCCCACCCUCGGGAUUUGUAGGAGUGCUGAAGCGGUGGAUUUCCUGCUGCAGCACAGAGCAGAUGCGAAUCUGCGCGUGGCACCGCACAAGGUUAGCCCACUAGCGAUUGUUUGCGCUAGGGCUUCGCCAGUCGAGGUUGUUGCCCGACUGCUGGAAAGAGGGGCGAACGUGAACGACUCCCACGGUGGUCACUCCAAGUCACCCUUGCAAUGCACGACACUGUUUUCAAAGACCACCCCCCGGGUGAGUCUCGCUCAUGCUCAGCUGCUGCUCGAUGCGAGGGCGGACGUGAACCAGCCGGGCUGCACGACGGGCCUAUUUCGGAUGCUGGAAAUGGGCUCGAGGUUGGCAAACUGCUGUGGGAUGGAUGGCCCCCUGCUUCGGUACCUGGCCGAGUCCAGCUCAACUCCUUUAGGCUUUGCAGCGCUCCUGGGAAAUCGGCCCUUGGCGUCCCUGCUGCUCUCUGCCAAGGCUGACCCGGACAUCCCCAACAGCCGUGGCCACAGCCCCAGGCAGAUGGCCAGCGCGGAGAUACGACCGCUCUUCGACGAGCCACUUGCUUUCGAAGGGGACCCAGAAGACCUAGUGGUGGGGGAGUCGUUUUGA